AGGCGUCCACGAGAGACAUUCAAGAUCUUAGCACACCACCGACCUUCCAACAUACUUGGCAAGUCAUUGAUAGUCGCAAUGGUGGAUAUGGAGCCAAAUGCAGCGUCCCCACCUCAUACUCAUGGUGGUUCUGCUGUCGUGGCAUGCUCGAUCGAGGGCACUGUGCUCAACCAGAUGAACUCAAGUGCGCCUUUUGAGGUCAAAAAGGGCGGGAUGUGGUACGAGGCUCCCGGGUGCCAUCAUGUUCGCGGAGAGAAUGCCAGCAAAACAGAAAAGGCCAGUUUCUUUGCCGUAUUCGUUGUCGAUGACGAGGUCGUCAAGAAUGGCUAUGAAGGCCUGUUGGUGAUUGAUCAAGCCAUCAUAGAUUCGGAUGCUGCAUGA